AUGGCUUUGCCUUCGCUUAUUUCCAAUAUUGUUCUUCUGUUUCUUUUCUCUUUCAACAAAAAAGCUUUAGCUGUGUCAAAGCUUUCAGUAACUGACAAUGAUAAUUAUGUUAGCCGGGAAUUACAGGCAGAACAAGAAGCUGAUAGAGUUUAUAGAUUACCAGGGCAACCACCAGUAAAAUUCAAACAAUAUGCAGGUUAUAUCACUGUCAAUGAAACUCAUGGAAGAGCAUUGUUUUAUUGGUUCUUUGAAGCCACUUUCAAACCAGAGGAAAAACCAGUUUUAUUGUGGCUAAAUGGAGGCCCAGGUUGUUCCUCAAUCGGUUAUGGAGAAGCAGAGGAGUUAGGACCCUUUUUUCCCCAGAACAGCAGGCAGCCACAGCUAAAGUUGAACCCUUAUUCAUGGAACAAUGCUGCCAAUCUUUUGUUUUUGGAAAGCCCUGUCGGAGUGGGAUUCUCCUACACCAACACCAGCAGGGAUUUGUACGAACUCGGUGACGCCAUUACUGCUAAGGAUUCACACACCUUCAUAGUCAAGUGGUUCGAUAGAUUUCCGCAAUUCAGAACACGCGAGUUCUACAUUGCAGGCGAAAGCUAUGGAGGGCACUACGUUCCACAACUGUCGGAGCUCAUUUUCGAUAACAAUCGCAAUCCUGCCAUGAAAGACUAUAUCAAAUUCAAAGGAUUCAUGAUUGGGAAUGCAGUAUUGGACGUCGAAACAGAUCAAAAGGGUUAUGUAGAUUAUGCCUGGAACCAUGCAGUGAUAUCUGAUGGAUUAUACCAUAACAUUACAACCAAAUGCAAUUUCAAACUUGAAAAUCAAACAGCUGAAUGCAAUGAAUAUCUGGAUAAGCUCUCCAAUGCGUAUGACGUUAUUGACAUGUAUAGCUUGUAUACUCCCUUAUGUCUCAGCAACAUCAGCAGCACAACCACAAAAGCUUUUUCCAAAAUUAAUAAAUGGCCUAAAAAGGCAGUUGGGUAUGAUCCCUGUGCAUCUGAUUACACUGGAGUUUACCUAAACAGGCCAGAAGUCCAAAAGGCACUACAUGCCAAUGUCACCAAACUUUCAUAUCCAUGGACUCAUUGCAGUAACAUCAUCGAUGGUUGGAAUGACGCACCAGCAUCCAUUCUUCCUGUCAUCAAGAAGCUUGCUGCUGCUGGUAUUCGCAUUUGGGUUUACAGUGGAGAUACUGAUGGAGCAGUUCCUGUGACUGGAACAAGAUACAGUUUACAAAGGUUGGGGCUGCGCAUUGUUGAAGAUUGGACUCCCUGGUAUACCAGCCAGCAGGUUGGAGGAUGGAGAACGAUUUACGAUGGGCUUACUUUUGUGACCAUAAGAGGUGCUGGCCACCAGGUUCCGACCUACACUCCUGAACCAGCUCUGCAGCUGCUGCAACACUUCCUUGCAAAUCGGAAAUUACCGUCUCAACCAAUUUAA